AGAUAAAACAAUAUCUAAUUGCUGCUGUAGAAAAAUGAGAGCGUUUCGUUUCCAGCCCUUAGUGGUCUUUCCCGUCUUUGGUAUCCGGCGUUUCUAUGGUGGCCAAGGAGGUGCGCGUCCUCCACCACCUCGGUCCGGAGGACGGUAUCCGCGAGGCGGCGGAUCACCACCAGCCAGCAACCGAAACGUACCCAGCGAGCCACAAGUUAUUGCUCGACUGAUAGAACACUUUCCUAGCCAGGCGUCAUUUGUUCCCAUCAGUAGGUGGGCGACAGCCCUUCCGGAUGAUUUGCAGGAGGCUUUGGUGCCAUUCGGCGGUUUAAGCGCGUUUACUCGUGCCCAAGCGAACUUUUUUAUUGUUCGUCAGGAAAACGGGGUUACGGUGGCGUCUCUUUCUCCAAUGGGCUCCGAAUUGGCACGACAGCACACUAACAAGGAGAAACGCGAGCAAAAAAGGAUUGAGAAGUUGAAUCAAAGACGAGGCAGAAACGACCAGCGCAACCGCGGCGCUGGUCCUUAUGUUCCACCAUCAAAGAGGGAAUAG